CCUUGGAUGUAUUUUAAACUAAUUUUGACACGCCCUUGAACAUUGACCGAAUACCACGUGCUCUUUUACUGCACACAAAACCAUGCGCAGCCGCGUAGGCUUAAAAUCCAUUUUACAAGUAGCAAGCAGCCACCUUUUGCUGCAGGUCGGCCAUAAUUAAACAAGGACCAAAUCGACCAGAGAAAAGAUGUUUUCUUCCUUUUUCAACCGGGCUUCUUGUCAGGCUUCACAAGAAAAUACGUUACCAACUCCAGCAGAAGACAACACAUCUAGGGGCUUAGUAAAAUCAUUAGUUGCUGGUAGACAAAUAGCGGCUGCCGCUGUUGCUGAAGGAGAUAGUUGUGAAUUUGGUUCUUCAUACUAUUUUGCUUUAUGUGGUCUAGGAGGAGUACUAUCUUGCGGUAUCACCCACACAGCUGUAGUACCUCUUGAUUUAGUAAAAUGUCGUCUUCAAGUAGAUCCAGCUAAAUACAAAAAUGUGUUCUAUGGUUUCAAAGUAACACUUAAAGAAGAUGGUGCAAGAGGUCUUGCUAGGGGUUGGGCACCCACUUUCUUCGGUUACUCUGCCCAAGGUCUCUGCAAAUUUGGUUUUUAUGAAGUUUUCAAAGUAUUUUACUCUGAUGUUAUUGGAGAAGAAAAUUCAUAUUUAUAUAGAACAUGGUUGUAUUUAGCAGCUUCAGCAUCUGCUGAAUUCAUAGCUGAUAUUGCUCUAUCACCCAUGGAAGCUGCUAAAGUUAAAAUUCAAACUACACCUGGAUUUGCCAAUACUUUACGUGAAGCUUGGCCUAAAAUAUACAAAGAAGAAGGACUAAAUGGUUUCUACAAAUCCCUUGUUCCCUUGUGGAUGAGACAAAUUCCAUACACGAUGAUGAAGUUCGCCUGUUUCGAACGUACUGUAGAAAUUCUGUACAAAUAUGUAGUACCUAAACCACGUUCUGAAUGCUCUAAAGGUGAACAGUUGAUUGUUACAUUCGCAGCCGGUUACAUUGCUGGUGUAUUCUGUGCUAUUGUAUCUCAUCCUGCCGAUACUGUAGUCAGUAAAUUGAACCAAGAAAAAGGAUCAACAGCUUUAGAAGCUGCCAAGAAAUUGGGAUGGGGAGGUUUAUGGAAGGGAUUAACACCUAGGAUUGUUAUGAUUGGUACAUUGACUGCUUUGCAGUGGUUCAUUUAUGAUGCCUUCAAGGUCGCCAUGAAGAUGCCACGUCCACCACCACCAGAAAUGCCCGAAUCCCUUAAGAAAAAGUUAGAAGCACAGAAAUAGGGAAUUAAUUUAUUUUAAAAAUGUAAAUUAGGAAAGAAGACAAGAAAAAAGGAUACAGUAUUCUCAUUAGCCUGGUCUAAAAACUAUUACAUUCAUUAAUUUUGAUACUUUUAAGUGAAUUUACAUCUUUGGUCACUUAUUUUAGAUUGUACAUAGAUUAUAAGAUCAAUAUACUGUUGAACUCCGUU